AUGCUUUACCUCCCACAGUCCUCGCGACGUGACAGAUCCUUUACCCAGAGACCUGUUGCCAGGCCUACCAUUGAAGUUCCUCCCGCGCCUAUCCUCGACCCGCUGCUCAUGCCUGUGUUGAAACCCCUCGGUGAACCUGUUGGGGCGCGUGAGUUCAAAUCUCUCCCCGGGGCGUUGAUCGAACUGGGCCCUCAUUUUCUGGCAAAACGUCGGCACACUAAGCGCAAACUAGGCUGGCGUCCGGUUGUUCGGUCCUCGAACCCGUCGCCCGAGCCCGGGCUAGGGGAGGCCCCGUCCAAUAACACGCAGUUACAGCAGCUCGAGACUGGGAUAGGAGAGGCCAUGCCUAUCAACGCGCAGUCGAAGUUACAGUCGCCCGAAUCCCCUCGAGGAGAGGCCCCACCCAGUAACACACAGUCGCAGUCGGCUGCCCAGUCUUCAAACCCACCGGCGACCAUUCAGAGCAAUGAUGCCCUCAAGCGGAAGCGAAAUGCUCCUUGGUCUAGCAGGGUCAUAGUACCCGAUGAUGGCUCUCCACCCUCCAAGAAAAUACACACCAACAACGCAUAUUACAAGUUCACCUGGGAACUAGGACACAACUUCCUUGGAUUUGUCUCCCUUACCACGCGAGAUGAGGCUUUAGAAUUUUCUAAUAAUAUUCUUCAACUUCCUGUCCCAAAGACUGUUCGCAAGAGAUUGAUUUAUUUUUGCGAUGGUUCUAUUCGCCUGCUCUGCGGUGCAGCUGGCAUUGUGUGGCCCCAGGCUUUCAACUCUCCUGAGUGGGAGGGAACGGGUGUGUAUUACCCGUUCAGUAUUGAUAGCACGGCCACUCUGGAGCUUUUUGCCAUUGCCUCUACGCUUGAGGCAGCAAUCAAGGAUAUGGAAAAGACACGUGGUGAUGUUGCUCCCCGUACGGACAAGAUGCCUUUCCGAGGAAAUUUGGGUCAAACUAGAUCCCACCAGCACCAUAUGACGAAGGAGGUUUUUGUGUUUACAGAUGACGAGUUCGCGCUUAGGCGCAUUAGCGGCAAGAUGGGGUAUUUCCCCCAAGGAGAUAUCGCACAUCAACUGAAGUCUAUCAGCGAGCACUCGCGGAUCCUCCACGGGCUUGGGGUACAUGUUGAGCUGCACCUCAGCCCCGGUCACUCUGGAGUGCCCGGCAACGAGGCAGCAGACCAAAUGGCGAGACGCACCCAACAGGAGCUCAUGCACCAAACAGCCACGUCAUGGCCCACUGCCCAAUCUGUCGAGCGUGAAGCGACAACGGCCACUCUGGUCCCGCCCUCUCUUACUAGUUGA